AUGGCGUGGGUCAAAUCACAUGCCAAGCAUAGGAUGAACCACUACCAGUCUAAAGAGGAGCAAGAGACCCGUGGAGCUGGACUUGCGCUUCUUCCUCAAUACAUGAAGGUGGCGUCUUAUCUAGUUCCUUCACCUAAAGACGAAGCCGCAAACAAUGUUUUAGAGGAUGCUAGUACUUACGAGAUUACCAACAUCUCUGGGAUUCCAAGGAUGUUUCGACACUCCAGACAUAUCCGGGAAGGCUGGAAGAAGAUCGAGGAUGGUCUAGAGAGUGAGACGAGGCAUAAAUACUACAAGGCCCAAAUGCCCAAACGCGCGUCAGGCCACUGGGUCGUACUUUCGCAGAAGAGAGUCCCUAUCAUGCGGCAACCUGUCUGGCUGGUAAUUGGCUUAUGGGAGACUUGGGAUCUAUUCUUCUUUCCACAAUCACUGAUUGCGCUUGUCGCCCAUUGGGAAGGGAUAUUUCGACAUGAUCAGUCGCUCUGUCCACUCCAAUUCACUAGAACAGACAUUGAGCUUCAUUCCAAGGAAGAAGAAACAUCGGUGGUCUGCCGUGCCAAUAGUCGCAAGUUCAAUGAUGUUUCCAUCGGGUUGGGGCAAGACGAAUCCGAAAAGAUGUUAUUCUCGAAGCUCUGGCCGUAUCAAGUGUCUGGGAAUUAG